AUGAUUGUCCAAUUCAACAUCGCAUGCAAAAGGCUGGGCCUUGAUGUUCAGCAAUAUGUCAGUCUCGCAGCUACCCCUGGAAUCUCAGGUAUCCGCUCGCUCCAGGAUAUGUCUUGUACUGCAGCCGGAUAUUUCGAUAUUACUUCCCGGAUCGACGCGUUUUGCAAACAGCUGGACGCUGUGGACAAAGCAAACAAUGAACGGAAUAUCAUCCCGCGUGAAAUCUAUCUGAGAGAAUAUGUCGGAGGGACUCCAAUCAAUCUCAUCGGACUCAGGCUUAGAUACGAUGGCCAGGGUUCCUUCGUUCAAGAUGAAGUAACCCAUGAAGAGGAUUCACGCGUCUUCGAUAUCGAAAACACCCCCUACCCAUCAGCGCUAUAUCCAACAAGUUCGCUUGACUCUGGGCAUUCCCUGACUGAUAAGGCCACAUGGGGAUUCUUGCUGACAUACAAAUUGGAAUCUAUGGUUGAAAAGAAGCAUCUGAAAGAUCUUGAAAGUACUCAGAAAUGGGACAAGCUGAGAGCAUUGUUUCAUGAAGCACCGUCAAGAAUGUCGCGGGAGGUUUGGGGGAAUCAUUUCUUCUUCGUGGGCGAAAAAGGCGCCAGGGAAACGGCCGAAAGAAUUGGUGAUCUGCUUAAUGAAGGUGUAAUUUUGAAGUCGGAAUUGACAUCAAUACUCUCUUCGCCGGAGACGGAUCCCGAAGAUAUACUAUAG